GCGGCAGAAACCUCCUCUGAAUUUUGCCACAAGAAUGGUGACGUACAUCUACUUCAGGGCAUGUGUUUCAACAGUAAUUGAUAUAUAUUUUUUUUCCCUCAAUGGAGAAAUACGACGUUUUGAAGCGUAGCUGAAACUUGCUGCAGGGUCUGGCAGCCAGGGCUGGGACGCGGGGCAGGAACACCCUCGCUUAGCAGGCAAUGAGAGCUUUCCCCACACACCGGGAAUUGCAGAAAGCAAGAACGAGAGUGCCAGUCACUUUUAAUAACCUGUCAAAAGGGAGAUUUGGUUACACUAGCUCAAAGCUUCCGCCAGGAGCAGCGAGGCUCCCCGUGAGGUGCUGAGGAAACACCUCAGGGCAGCACGAGCGGGCCCCUCGGCGCCCGGCGGCCUGCAGCACAAACACUUGGUGCCGUUAACAUCACGGCGGGCCGGGGGGCCGUGCCCGUUCCCGUCACCGCGGCCUUCCAGCGCCGCCGACCUCCCGCGGGUCUCCGGGAGCCUCGGCCGAGCCGUGCCGGGCCGUGCCAGGCCAAGUAUCGCGGGAGCCGGGCGCUGCCGCAGCCGUUGGGCGGCGCCACGGCGGGGAGGCGGUGGCGGAGCGGAGCCCAGCCCAGCCCAGCCCAGCCGAGCCCAGCGCAGGGCAGGGCAGGGCAGCCCCGGCCGCGCUCCGGGCCGCUGCUCCCGGCGCUCCCGUGCCGGCGCCAUGCGGAGGAGGAGGGCGGCGGCGGCGGCGGCGGCCCCGGGCGGGCGGCGGCGCUGCUGAGCGCAGGCACUUGGAAGAGUAUCCAGUGGUUCGGUGCUGAGGCAGUGCUUUGGGAACACGGCCAAAGCGGAACUCCCACCCUUGACAUGGAAUGCAGUUUAUAAUGUGGGAUGCCUGUCUCUGCUUUCCUGUUGGAUUUUAACUGCGGGAGUUGAUACAUCUCAGCAACUGCAGUCUUUCUUUAGCAUUUUAGCUAGCGACAAAGUAAAGCAAUGAGGAGAUUUGUUUACUGCAAGGUGGUUCUAGCCACUUCUCUCAUGUGGGUACUUGUGGACGUCUUUUUACUUUUAUACUUCAGUGAAUGUAAUAAAUGUGAUGACAAGAAAGAGAGGUCUCUGCUGCCUGCUCUGAGGGCUGUUAUCUCUCGAAACCAAGAAGGACCUGGAGAGAUGGGAAAGGCUGUGCUCAUUCCUAAAGAUGACCAGGAGAAAAUGAAGGAGCUGUUUAAAAUCAACCAGUUUAACCUUAUGGCCAGUGACUUGAUUGCUCUAAACAGAAGUUUACCAGAUGUGAGACUAGACGGGUGCAAGACAAAAGUCUACCCUGAUGAGCUCCCGAACACAAGCGUAGUCAUCGUGUUCCACAACGAAGCCUGGAGCACUUUGAUUCGAACUGUGUACAGCGUUAUAAAUCGCUCGCCUCAUCACCUGCUUGCUGAAAUCAUCCUGGUCGAUGAUGCCAGCGAGAGAGAAUUUUUGAAGGCCUCAUUAGAGAAUUAUGUGAAAAAGCUGGAAGUCUCCAUAAAAAUCAUUCGGAUGGAGCAGAGGUCAGGAUUGAUCCGCGCGCGGCUGCGGGGGGCAGCGGCCUCCACAGGGCAGGUGAUAACCUUCCUGGAUGCGCACUGCGAGUGCACCCUGGGCUGGCUCGAGCCGCUGCUGGCCAGGAUAAAGGAGGACAGGAAAACUGUUGUCUGCCCAAUCAUCGAUGUGAUCAGCGAUGACACAUUUGAAUACAUGGCUGGGUCAGACAUGACUUACGGAGGGUUUAACUGGAAACUCAACUUCCGCUGGUAUCCAGUUCCCCAGAGAGAGAUGGACAGGAGGAAAGGAGACAGGACCUUGCCUGUAAGGACCCCUACUAUGGCUGGUGGCCUAUUUUCUAUUGACAGAAACUACUUUGAAGAGAUAGGAACUUACGAUGCAGGAAUGGAUAUCUGGGGUGGCGAGAAUCUUGAAAUGUCUUUUAGGAUUUGGCAAUGUGGUGGCUCCCUCGAGAUUGUCACCUGCUCGCAUGUUGGCCACGUUUUCCGUAAAGCAACACCUUACACCUUCCCUGGUGGCACGGGACACGUCAUCAACAAGAACAACAGGCGACUGGCAGAGGUCUGGAUGGAUGAGUUCAAAGAUUUCUUCUAUAUAAUAUCCCCAGGUGUCGUUAAGGUGGAUUACGGUGACGUGUCGGUCAGAAAAGCACUAAGAGAAAACCUGAAGUGUAAACCCUUUUCAUGGUACUUGGAAAACAUCUACCCCGACUCGCAGAUCCCAAGGCGCUAUUACUCUCUUGGCGAGAUCAGGAAUGUUGACACUAACCAGUGCUUAGACAACAUGGGCCGCAAGGAAAAUGAGAAAGUGGGCAUCUUCAACUGCCAUGGCAUGGGAGGAAAUCAGGUAUUUUCUUACACGGCUGACAAAGAGAUUCGCACGGACGACUUGUGCUUGGACGUGUCGAGGCUGAACGGCCCGGUGACCAUGCUCAAGUGCCACCACAUGCGAGGGAACCAGCUCUGGGAGUACGACGCGGAGAAGCUCACCCUGAGGCACGUCAACAGCAACCAGUGUCUGGACGAGCCGUCGGAGGAGGACAAGAUGGUGCCCACCAUGCGGGAGUGCGCUGGGAGCCGUUCCCAGCAGUGGCUGCUGCGCAACAUGACCCUGGGGGCCUGAGCUGGCGCGGAGCCGCUGCCGCGGCCGGCCCGCCAGGGCUCUCCUCCUCCCCUCCUCCUGGCCAGAACAGAGUCCCCAGGUGGGCUUUCCUGGGGGCAGCGGGCCUCCACGUGCCCCUUUGGAACCCGUGGCUGUUCGAAAGAAGCACACGGGAGCCUAUAAAUGGCAAGACGCGUGGAGGUAUCAACGCGAGCGCGCUCAGAAAUGUUUAAAGAGAAACCUUGAUGAACCUUUAUCAAAGAGGUGGGGAGGGAGGUUAUCUCCUGUGCGUGUCGGACACCGUGGCACAGUGUCAAAUGCCUUAUGAAGCUCACUGGCACUGGGAACGAUUCUGUCAGAGGCUUUAUAAACUCCAUGUUUGGGCACUGGUCUAUGUUUGCUGUUCACCUGUGUUGAGUGGAGCUCGGUGGAGCACUGCUCUGAAAGGGCAGCAGGGUCACUGUGCAGAGUGAAUGUUUGGUGCCUGGAAAACGUGGAAUCCCGGCACACAGUGCUUGGAAAAGCAGCAAAACUGAGCAAAGAGCGCAUCCAGAAACUGGGAUUAAAUGAAACAACCGGAGAGACAUUGGAACAAUGCUAAGGAGGAGUGACACGCCUUGGUAACUCAGCUCGGUGCAAACUGAGGUCUCUGCAGUGGGAAGACAAAUGGCUGGGCCUCACACCUGGGAAACUUCAGGGGGUUCUGCUGCCUCAGUGGAAGUAGCAAAAACUGGCCCUCUGGGAGAAAAAGACACUGGGUGUUUGGCUGAAGCCCGCCUGCAGCUGCUACCUUCGAGCAUUAGUACGUACCUGCAUCCUGCGUGAAACGUCCCAGAGCGCUCAGCCGGGGACCCCGAGCCCAGCGGGCAGAACUGUGGGUCGGGUCCCAGCUCUGGCUCCAACAGAGAUAGCAGAUGCUUAUUUAUAUUUUUAAUAAUUUUGUGGCUUAAUCAUUUUGUUUCAUUAGCGUGGUUAUUAAAAACAUGCCGGUGACACACAGUCAUGUUGGAGCACCACAGGAGCUGAUGUCAGCCCGUGGCCAGGUAUGGGAAAGCGUCCCGUCGUGUUGGUGGUGUUUCUGUUGGCCAUCGCAGCAGAGAUUUAGAUCGUUAUGGAUUAAUGUUCUCCUAUGUAGGUAUUAUAAAUUCAUAGGGCAUCCAUAUUUUCUUGAUACCUGUCAUUAAAUGAAAAUUUGAAGCCUGUUAAAUUUGAAAAGUGAUUGCUGUGCGUGCACAGGAGCUCACAGACCAACUCAGAUGGGAGGCUUAUCCAAUCCAGCCUCCCUGCCCAAAGCAGGGGCAAGCACCUCCAGUUCCCAUCUUAAAGUCCCCCCCCAAAUACACAAUAUGGCUUAAAAGCUAGCAAAACAAGACGACUGUAAUCUUGCUUCAUAGGAAGAGCAUGCAAGCAUCACAACCAAAUGUAAACACCGAUCUCCCUGCAGAAGUUGGUCUUAAAAUUCCAUCUCCUUCCAAAGGGCUGUUACCAGGUGUGCAGCCACUCAGGCUGGUGGGUGAUACAUCCAGACCCGUGGCUUUUGCUUGCCAAUGCCGAAGUAAGAGUUGUGGGAGGUCCUGCAGCACCCAGGAGCAUUAGGGAGCGCACUCAGUGGUGCAAGCUCUGCUGGCUACCCCCAGUGUUUCCGAGAAAGCACCCCCAGCUGCACAUGGCCACAGCCACAAAGCCUCUGGCACUGCCGCCGGCGGGUCCGGAGCUUUUCUUGGCAUCGCUGCUGAAAGGUGAUGAGAAGUACAGUCAGUCUGCAGCUGCCUAGGCUGGGGGUGCAAUCCAAAAGCAGUUGAAGAAAAGAGUGUUUUUCUCCUUAGAAUUACUACAAAGGUUGAUACAGAGCGCGUACUCCCUUGGCUAAGUGCAUUUACUUUGUUACUCUGAGUACAGCCGGCGUAUCUGUGUAUCUGUGGCUGCACUGCUGUGCACUGGCUGGGGAGAGGUAGAAAGGAAAUGUGUAUUUGUUCUGUUUGACCUGCUUAGAGCAAGUACCCCCGUUCCUGACAAUCGCAGCGGUGUUGCUGCAAGCCUUCAGCAUGCUGGCAGGAUGGCUGACGUCUGGCAUUACGCUCAGACCUAGAAAAAAGCACCAAAGCACCUGCUUAAUUCAGUCACAAUGAGUAUUUCCAUCGGCUUCGAGGGACUGAAUCCUGGAUCUACCUCCUUUGUGAGAAUACAGAAACCCUGAAAGCCCUUCCAGAAGAGUUUUGUAUAAAGCUUCAGUUAUAUAGAAUGAGGUGGUGAUGGUGUGUGGCACCUUAAAUGCUGGUACAAUGUCAGGGAUGACAAAUACAUGAUUUAAUGAAUGAAUGUAAGUUACUGAGCACUUGGACCCCAGUCCUUCCUCCAACCACUAAAUUCCUGCAUUGCCUUGGCAAGUAAUUUUAGCUAAAAUCAUUUGAAAUUGCUCCUUUGGUUGCCUCUGUCAGUGUCUGAUGUGCAGCACCCACAAAGGGGAGCAUUCAGAGCUACAAACCUGUCUGAAAAGCAUUGAUAUGUGUUUGGUUCCCUGUUUAUAAAAUAUCCUAGAAGGGUGUUGGGAGGACUGGUUCCUAUUUGCACAAAGUGUUUGAAAUGAAGAGAACUCUACAGGUACUGAAUAUGAUUAUUUAUUGUUUUCACUGGAAAAAAAUUGCUUCUGGUUCUCGUAUUUUCUGAGAAUUGCUUUGAUGAAAUGAGCCAGCCAUAAUGCAAGGUGGCAUCAGCAAAGGGAACAUUUAGAAGAGUAAGUUGAGCCAUAAGCACUGUAAGCAGCAGUAUUUUUGUUUGUCUCCCAGUGCCAGAGAUAGGAGAAACCAGGGACAGCCGAGAACUGAAAUAGCGAGGCAUUUUGAGCAGUCAUACAUGAGUUUCCUGCAAACACGUAUUUCCCAGUCACAAGAAGGAUUUCUUUCUUUCUUACACUCUAAUAGGAAGAGUGUUUUGAAGGAAAGCUGUGUACUUGAAUGUCAAAUUGUAUGUUCUGAUUUUUUUAUUUGCACCUUCUGGCUGCAUCUCCUGUGGGUGCUGGGCAGAGUCUCCCCUAGGUGACUCUGGCCGGGUUCUGUUCAGAGCUGUUACACACAUCCACUGCCUGAACAGUCUGGGAGGCAAAAAGGAGCUCACGAGCACUGGUGAACGCCACGACGUGCUAUGCUGUGCCAGCUCGCUGGACACCUGCCCUGGCCGCGAGGGCUCUGGCCCCGGGGUCCCCUCAGCCCCAAGCCCCCCGGUGCCCGUCCCCGCAGGCCGCGCCGCACCACCACGCUGCGUCUGGUGAGCUGCCAGCGCGAGCUGCCGCCGGGUCCGCUGGUGUCGGAUGAACACCUGCAGUGUGUUUUCACUCGCUUCCGUGGCUUCUGUGUCAGUGCUGAUUUUCCAACGUUUGGUAACAACUCCAGUACCACCGCUCCGGUAGGUUGUCGUCCCCAUUUAUUCUUUUCCUCCAAGAGCACGCGCUCGGGCCAGCUUGGUAGGGGGUCCCUUGGAACACCUGAGGCACGCAGUCACCUGAGGAAUGUGGGGAUCGUGCCGGGCUUUUGGUCAAGGUGGAGAAGACCGAGGGACGUGGCGGCUUUGGGGACCUGCUUACCAGUGCUCCCGAUGAAGUGCUAGGAACAUAAAAAUUUAAAUUUAUAAAAGUAGAUUGUGGAUAAAUAAUUGCACAUUUUAAAUGUUGUAACGGUUAUUAAAUGGUAUACUGGUACUCUUUGCUGUACAUUUAAAUAUUUAUACAUUUUUGUAGAAUUAAAAUAUACUGGUUUAGUUUUC